AUGCCUGGAGGGUGGUGUGGUGUGUUUGUGUGUGUGUGUGUGUGUGUGUCUGUCUGUCUCUCUCUCCUCCGGCGUCCGAGUGGAUGCCUUGGGAAAUGGCUUUAUGCAGGUGUUGUCAAGCCGGAAAAGGGUAGCCACACACAUUUACAAGAUACGCAGACGCAAGCACACACACAGCCCAGCACGAGGUACCUGAGCCUUACUGUACAUAUGCAGAUGCAGAAUGCAGAUGAUCUAUACGGGAGGGAAAAGAAGAAAGCCUGCAUAUUCUCAUUCUUCCUCCUGCAGGGUAUCAUAGUCAGCUGUCUUUCUGAGAUUCUGAGCUGCUUUCUCAAGGACCUAAAGGCCUAUCUGGACCAGCACGUCAACCCUAAAUACUCGAACGAGGUUCAGAACGCAGCGUACCAUAGUCUGUGGGCUACUGUACCCUCGAUCGAGGAAGGGAGAAAUGGGGCCAAGGGAGAAUACCAGUAG